UCCACAGCUCUAAAGCGCCUGGAGAAGGAACUGAUGGACAUCACUAAGGACCCCCCUCUCCUGUGCUCCGCGGGGCCGGUGGGGAAUGACAUGUUCACAUGGAGGGGGGUCAUCAUGGGUCCCCCUAACACCCCCUAUGAGGGAGGAAUCUUUUCACUCAACAUACACUUUCCAUGCGAGUACCCCUUUCACCCUCCAUGGGUUUACUUCACUACUCGGAUAUACCAUCCCAAUAUCGACAGAAGAGGGAAUAUCCAUAUAGAUAUUCUCAAGUCCCAGUGGUCUCCCACACUGACCACAUCCAAAGUAUUGUUAUCCAUUAGCUCCAUGCUAUGUGACCCGAAACUUGAUGAUGCCUUAAUCCCAUCCAUUGCGAGAAUGUACUUAAAGGAUAGGGACAAGUAUAAUACUAUGGUGCAAGCUUGGACGAGAAAAUAUGCCAUGUGA